UAUGAGAUAGCCGGUUAUCCAGCCAAUCACAAUGCGGCAGGUAGACUAACAGCCAAUCACAAAACAGCGUUGCUCCCAAGCCGUUCUGGUUGCUAAGGGGAAGUGACGAGACCUCCGCCAAUCACUUACUGAGAUCCCGUGUAGUGUGCGGGCUAUAGGCCUGAGUGUGAUCCGGGGGAGUCUCCGCUGUGACACCAGGUAGAGGCGACGCAACAUGAAUCUGCCUGCUGUGAGACCAGAUUUAACAGUUGACAAAACAAAAAAGAAGAAGAGAAGAGAGCUGACCGAGGAACAGAAGCAAGAAAUUAAAGAUGCAUUUGAUCUGUUUGAUACAGACAAAGACAAAGCCAUAGAUUACCAUGAGUUAAAGGUGGCCAUGAGAGCUUUGGGGUUUGACAUAAAGAAAGCAGAUGUUCUAAAAAUCCUAAAAGAUUAUGACAGUGAAGCAACAGGGAAAAUUAGUUUUGAUCACUUUAAUGAAGUUGUGACCGAUUUGAUAUUGGACCGUGAUCCGCAAGAAGAGAUGCUCAAAGCGUUUAAACUGUUUGAUGAUGAUGAUUCCGGCAAAAUAAACUUGAGGAAUCUCCGUCGAGUCGCUCGGGAACUUGGGGAAAACAUGACAGAUGAAGAACUGCGAGCUAUGAUUGAGGAGUUUGACAAAGAUGGUGAUGGCGAGAUAAAUCAAGAAGAAUUUAUUUCCAUAAUGACUGAGGACAUUUAACUAGGAAGUGAAACCUGUAUCUGCAUGAGAAACGUGUCCUCUGUACCAUUGCCCCCAGCAGGAGUCCUCUGUACCAUUGCCCCCAGCAGGAGUCCUCUGUACCAUUGCCCCCAGCAGGAGUCCUCUGUACCAUUGCCCCCAGCAGGAGUCCUCUGUACCAUUGCCCCCAGCAGGAGUCCUCUGUACCAUUGCCCCUCGCAGGAGUCCUCUGUACCAUUGCCCCCCGCAGGAGUCCUCUGUACCAUUGCCCCCCGCAGGAGUCCUCUGUACCAUUGACCCCAGCAGGACUCCUCUCUACCAUUUUCAUUAAGGACCAGCUUCCAUGCUAAAGUCAGUGUUUUGUAGAACAUUUGUUAUAUAGGAAUUUUCUCAAUUUUGUGUAUAAUUUUAUUUGUAUAAUAUUUUGGGGUUUUUUUUUAUACAGCUGUGUAAUUAAAUCUUAAAGUACUUUGUAAAAUUGAA